AUGGGUCUCGUUGCCAGGAAAACGGCUCUUGCCGCCGCCCUGCUAGCAACCGCCACGGGCGUCACGGCAGACACCACCAAGCACUGCGCCGGCGACGCGCAGGACGUCUGCUACACCGUCGGCGUGCCGGGCUCGACCUCGUCCAGCGGCUCGGGCAACAUCUACUUCCAGAUCAGCGCGCCCGCGAGCUACGAGUGGGUCGCGCUGGGCACGGGCUCGCGCAUGGCCGGCUCCAACAUGUUCGUCAUGUACCAGGACGGCCGGGGCAACGUGACCGUGUCGCCGCGCGCCGGCGCCAACCACGUCAUGCCCCGCGUGGACGCGAGCGCGACGGGCGCCAAGCUGACGCUGCUCGCCGGCAGCGGCGUGGUGGCGGGCGGCGGCAGUGGCGGCAGCGGCAGCAGCAUGAUGGUCGCCAACGUCGCGUGCGCCAACUGCCAGGCCUGGUCCGGCGGCGGGUCCAUGUCGCCGUCGAGCACGAGCUCCGGCUGGAUCGGGGCCUGGAAGAAGGGCGGCUCGCUCGCCAGCGCCGACGCGGGCGCCGCCAUCUCGGUCCACGACGACACGACGGUCUUCAAGCUCGACCUGACCAAGGCUGUCAUCGGCGCGGACGCCAACCCGUUCGUCGCCGGCGGGAGCACCUCGGGCGGCGGUGGAUCAGGCUCUGGGACCGGCACCGGCUCCGGUUCUGGCACUGGCACUGGAUCGCCUGAUUCGGGCAACUCCGGGGGUGGCGGUGUCACCGUCGUCGGAAGCAAGCCUAGCCAGGCCGUGCUGACCGCGCACGGCGUCAUCAUGGCCCUUGUCAUGGUCGUUCUCUACCCGCUCGGCUCGCUGCUCAUGCCGCUGAUGGGCAACUGGGCCGUCCAUGCCGCCUGGCAGUUCAUCUCCUUUCUCCUCAUGUGGGCCGGCUUCGGUCUCGGUGUGGUCUGUGCCAAGCAGAGAAGCAUGCUCUUCGACCAGAACCACACGAUCCUCGGCACGGUGGUUGUCUGCCUGAUGGCCAUCCAGCCGUUCAUGGGUUUCUGGCACCACCGCCACUACGUCAAGCACCAGGCCCGGGGCCUGGUCAGCCACUUCCACAUCUGGUGGGGACGCAGUCUCUUGAUCAUCGGGGUCGUCAACGGUGGUCUGGGUCUGCAGCUGGCGUCGGCUUCGAACAACCUCAUCAUCGCCUACUCGGUAGUUGCAGGAGUCAUCUUCCUCAUCUACGCCGGAGGCAAGUCGUUCGCCUCGAUCCGCAAGAGGAAGGCCCCCGCCCAGAACAAGGAGCUGAGGAAUUCAUCCUCGCGGGACAGCGCAGCAACCCAUACCCCGAGGCGGCCCUACCCGUAA